AUGGAAGAGAAGGAUAGAAUUUCUUGCAAGACGCCGCUUUCACCAGCACCGCUGCGUCCAGGCUGUGUUCCCUCGCUACAGUACAGGAAGAUUCCCGCCAUCGCUGCGGGGAGCUUAAGUAGAAGUAGUGGUAGUGGUAGCGGCAGUAAUAACAAUAACAAUGAGAGAAGAAAAAAAUCAUUAAAUGCAAAGGUGGGCGGGGAUUCACCCACAUGGUGUACCCAAACGAACAGUAUUCCUACAAUAAUGCGAGGAGGACGAAAAAGUAAUAUAGUGACAGAUAUGGCAGGAACUAUUUCAUCACAACGACAACAGGCCCUAAGUAUCGAUAAGGACUCUUGUAGGACCACCACAGGAAAAGUAACGGCUUCCAGCAGCAGUAGCAAUAACGAGAACGAUAAUAACAACAGUAGUGGUAUUACAGGAGGAAAUAGAAGUUCAUAUCAUAGCAGGUAUCCAAUAUCAGAAGGUGAAACUGCUAUAGAGAGGGAUGAAAACCCUAUUUUACAAUGCACAAAUGGAACUGUUUCCCCUUUCCUUUUAAAAGGAGAGCAUUUGGAAUUACGAUACGCUUCUCCAUCGGUGCGAAAGAAUGAUUUCACCUCUGUUGUUGACAUUCAUGCGAAUGAAAUGCGACGUCUAGAGCAGCAACACCAACGUUUGUACCGUCGAGCACUAUAUGUGUUGCAGCAGACACACCCUGAUCCAUGGUGUCGUUUCCAACCAUCACUCUACUACGAUACUCAAAUGCCAGAGUUAAUUGCCUAUGACGAUAAUCUUAUGUUUUCUCGUGUAAAACGUGAAGUGAGGGAUACCGGUAUCAUGUGGCUCUCAGCGAAGGAAAAUAUAGUAUAA